AUGCCUCUUUUCCGCCCCCAGCCUUCCGCUCUGCGGAGCUUGACUAGAGCUCCCGCGCGCUUCUACUCCUCCCCCGCCUCGGCCGCCGCACCACGACACCUGCUGUCUAUUGCCGACCUGACUCCCCAAGAGUUUGUGACUCUCGUCCGCAAUGCGCACUCGCAUAAACAAUCCAUCAAAUCCGGCUCCAACAAAUUGCUGGGCACUCUGUCUGGCAAGACGGUCGCCAUGACCUUCAGCAAGCGCAGCACCCGCACCAGAGUGUCUACCGAGGGCGCUGUCACUGCCUUGGGCGGCCAGCCUAUGUUCCUGGGCAAAGACGAUAUCCAAUUGGGCGUCAACGAGUCGCUUUACGAUACCUCCGUCGUGAUUUCCAGCAUGGUUUCGUGCAUCGUCGCCCGUGUGAACAAGAACUCGGACGUCACCGAGCUCGCCAAGCACAGCUCCGUCCCUGUCAUCAACGCCCUCUGCGAUAUCGCCCACCCGCUGCAGACCAUCGCCGACUUCUUGACCAUCCAUGAAGCCUUCCCCUCGACCGCCUCCACUCUGGGUCUUGAGGGUAAGAAGAUCGCCUGGGUCGGCGAUGCCAACAACGUGCUGUUCGAUCUGGCCAUCGGCGCUGCGAAGUUGGGUGUUGAUGUCGCCGUUGCCACUCCCAAGGGCUACGAGAUUCCCGCGAACAUGCGCCAAGUCAUCGCGGAUGCGGCUGCGAGCGCGCCGAACGGCGGUAAGCUGUUCGAGACGACGGUGCCGGAGGAGGCGGUUAAGAACGCAGACAUCCUCGUCACAGACACUUGGAUCUCAAUGGGCCAGGAGGAGGAGAAGGUCAAGAGGCUGAAGGCCUUCGAGGGCUUCCAAAUAACCUCUGAGCUCGCCAAGAGGGGUGGAGCGAACGAAGGAUGGAAGUUCAUGCACUGUCUGCCGCGACACCCCGAGGAAGUCAGUGAUGAGGUCUUCUACGGCCCCAGGUCGCUGGUUUUCCCGGAGGCUGAAAACAGGCUGUGGGCCGCAAUUUCUGCUCUUGAGGCUUUCGUCGUGAACAAGGGUACCAUCAAGUCUGCAUAA